AUGGACGCUAUGGAGAUCGCACGAACAUGGCUAGACGGCCAACACGACGGGCACCUACUUCAAUUCGAAUUCCUCUUCAACAUCAAUCAACAGGCAACCUAUUUCCGCACCAUGAACCACAUCCGCAUGCUCAAAGCGUAUUGCGAUUCGCAGAAAGCACACCGACUGCGCAGUGAAAUCGACCUUCAAAGCUACUCCAUUGCGCUGGCCAUCCACCGAGAGCGGAUCAUGAGUCAAGAGCAGCACCAUCUUCUCUUGAGUGUGAAUCGAAUGCGUGUGUUAGGAUGCGCCUUCGACCAGCUCUGGCAGAGGCACAAAAGCGAGCUGCUGCGGCCUCUCAAGGUACGCUUGGGCGAGGAGGACGCUUUUGAGGUCGGACAUGAUCUUGGUGGGGUGCAGAUUGAGUUCUUUAACACCAUCUGCCGGACGCUGUUCCAUGAGGAUCUGCAAAUGUUCACGACCGACCCAACGACGGGCUUCAGCUGUAUCCGCCCAGGCUGUCUCCAGCCAUUAUACAUGUUUGAACUCUGCGGCUUGCUCUUCGCCCUCGCCCUCUACAACGGGAUUACUCUUCCGAUAAGGCUACCCGAAAUCUACUACGGCAUGCUGUCUGGCAGGUCCGAAGACAUCCAAGACCCUCUCGCAGACGCCUGGCCAAAGGACCGCAAGGCUCUAUCCGAGAUUGCGGAGUACGACAUUCCAGGGCUCCAGUUCACCUUUCCGAUCGAGAGCAACGGCCUGCGUCUCAGCAUUCUGAUGGAAGAGGAAACAUGCGCACCCGAAGACUUCACGCCCGAUCAAAGACGGACAAUGAAAAUAGUCGAUGCUACACCCAUCGCCCAUCACCCUGAUCCCUCAACCCCAACCGCUGCCCAUCAGCAAUCCACAGCCUCCUCAUUAACCUCUCCUCCACUUCCAGUCGACAUCCAAGCCAUAGCCACCUCCUGGCCCGGCUGGCACCUCAUCCCAGCCCACACCGAACCCCCCGACGUCGACCCCUCGAACAUCGCCCUCUACACAUCCCUCUACACCGCCCACCUCAGGCACCUCAGCGUACAACCGCAACUAACCUCCUUCCGCCGCGGCUUCGCCCACAUCCUCCCCCCACCCCUCCUCCGCGCCCUCUCCCUUCCCAGCCUGCGCACCCUCCUCGAAGGCGACACGCACUUCUCCCUCGCCGAACUGCAAGCCAUAACGCAAUACGACGGCUACGACCCUGCCAUGCCCUACAUCGCGUCCUUCUGGCGGGUACUGGACCGCUGGCCCGUCGCGAAGCAAAUGCGCCUGCUCAAAUUCGUUACGGCGUGCGAGCGAGUGCCGGCGGGCGGGGUGGGGUGUUUGACGUUUGUGAUUAAGAGGGUGGUGGAUUUUGGGGAGGAGGAGGAUGAGGCGAUGCUGCCUACUAGCUCCACUUGUUUUGGGACGCUGGGCUUGCCCUUGUACCGGAAUGAGGGGGUGUUGGAGCGGAAGUUGAGUUUGGCGCUGGAGUUUGGGCUGGAGGGGUUUGGGAUUGCUUGA